GCGCUUUGAAUCUGCCGGUAAGCGACAUUUCUGUCAGUGCAUGUAUUAAAGAAAUAUAUGUAUUCGAUGAAACUGGAUGACACUUUUACAACGUACCAGAGAAAAAGAAAAGCACAGUUGAACAUUUUCUAAUUGUUUAAUCGUUUCUUUAACAUGAGUAACUCCAUUUUUGUUCUUGACAAUGGCGCCUACACGACAAAAGUAGGGUUAGCUUCUUCCGAUAACCCCAAAUUGGUUCCUAAUUGUAUAAUGAAAGCGAAAAGCGAACGGCGAAGACCUUUUGUGGGAAAUCAAAUCGAAGAAUGUCGAGACGCGUCAGGAUUGUUUUACAUUUUACCAUUUCAAAAAGGGUAUCUUGUCAAUUGGGACGUCCAAAAAACUGUCUGGGACUACGUAUUCUCGAAAGAAUGUUGCCCGGUGAAUUUAAAUCAGCUUUCUGUAAUUGUCACCGAGCCUUUGUUCAAUUUUCCAACGGUUCAAGAGGCAACGACAGAAAUAUUUUUCGAAGAAUACGAAUGUCAAAGUCUCCUAAGAAUUAAUGCUUCUACUCUUUCUUGUUAUCAGUAUAGAACGGAAAAUCCUAAUACAAAGUGUUGCAUAGUAGUUGAUACCGGUUAUAGUUUUACUCAUAUAGUUCCUUAUGUAAAUGAUACCAAAGUUAAAGAAGGUAUCAGACGCAUCGACGUGGGUGGAAAGCUACUUACGAACCAUCUUAAAGAAAUAAUAUCUUAUAGACAGCUUCACGUCAUGGAUGAAACUUACGUGAUAAAUCAGGUGAAGGAGGAUUCCUGUUUCGUGUCUCAAGAAUUUUUCAAAGAUAUGGAAAUUGCCAAGAGUAAACUGGAAAACAAUCCUAUAAUCAAAGAUUAUGUUUUGCCAGAUUACACGACGUUGAGACGUGGUUACCUUAAAAAUCCAGAACCUCCUAAUGAACUACAAACUCUGCGUUUAAGUAACGAAAGAUUUGCUAUACCCGAAAUUUUAUUUUUUCCAUCGGACGUUGGCAUCCGACAGAUGGGUAUUCCAGAAGCAAUUAUGGACUGUCUAAAAGGGUGCGACGAAGAGACAUGGCCACACCUUUUAUCUAACAUUAUUCUUACUGGGGGUAAUGCAAAGUUUCCAGGAUUUCAUGAAAGAAUAUAUAAAGAAGUUAGGAGUCUAGCCCCUGCUGAAUAUACGAUAAAUGUUUAUUUACCCGAAAACCCCAUCACCUACGCAUGGCAUGGUGGUAAAACGUUAUCCAAAGAUCCAAUACUUCCAACUCUUUUAGUAACUAGAGAAGAUUACGAGGAAGAGGGACAAAAUCUGUGUUUCGAACGUUUCGACGUCUAAUUUUAAUAGAUUUGUAUUUUUAUUAUACAAAAUCGUAUUGCACGUAAAUAAAUUUUUAAUUCUUUGAUAA